UAGGAAGGCUUCUGAUAUGCUCAAGAAAAACCACUUCCUUGAAGACCAUUAAAGAUCACAUCAAACCUGCCAAUUUUAUGCAAGUUGUGGAAUCAGUAAAACACCUAGCAGGCUAUGACAGUAAAACCCAUGCAUACAGGUGCCCAAGUCUAGCUCUCAAAAUUGGACACAACUUGACAAAGAUUUCAAUGCUUCUUGAAAGCCAUGCAAAUCAACAGAACGACUACAGUGCUGCAAAAGAUGCUCGUACAUUCCGCAGAGUGUAUGAAACUAGAUGGAAUGAACUGAUAUCAGCCGCAUCACUGAGAACACUUCAGGAGUCUAAGUGGAAUACUCCUCUGUUGCUUCCAUUCACAAAAGAUGUCCAGACUCUCCAUUCGUAUUUGGAUGUGCAACAACAAGAUCUUCACAGUAAACUGUCUACAGAGGUAUCCCCCCAGAUGUGGGCAAAACUGGCAAAGGUCAUUUUGGCACAAGUAAUUUUGUUCAAUCGACGAAGAGCUGGGGAGGUGUCAAAAAUGACCCUUUCUGCAUAUGUAUGUCAAAAUCCAUCAGACCCACAUGAAGAUGUGAAUGAAGCCCUCUCAGAUCUAGAGAAGAAACUCUGUCAGCAUUUCAGCAGGAUUGAGAUAAGAGGAAAAAGGGGAAGAAAAGUUCCUGUGCUUUUGACCCCAGUGAUGAAGCAAGGACUGGAUCUGCUUGUCGGCACACGGCAGGAAUGUGAGGUUCCUCGAGAGAAUGUAUACCUAUUUGCAAGACCAUCGGCUUUGACCUGUUACCGUGGGUCUGAUUGCCUUCGACACUUUGCCAAGGUCUGUGGUGCAAAAAGUCCUGAAAGUCUCACUUCUACAAAACUACGCAAACAAACAGGAACAGUGUCUCAAGUUCUUAACCUCAGUAAUACAGAGCUGGAUCAGUUAGCGGAUUUUCUUGGCCAUGACGUUAGAGUGCACCGGCAGUUCUACAGACUUCCUGAAGGCACCCUCCAACUUGCAAAAAUUAGCAAAGUCCUCAUGGCUCUGGAUCAGGGACGCCUGGCAGAAUUCAAGGGCAAGACACUGGAUGACAUUAACAUUGAUCCCGAAGAAAAUGUGCUCUUGGACAGCGAACGCGAGUCAGAGUCAGAGAGUCAGGUUACAACUACUCCGAGGGAAGAGAAUGACACAGCAGUGCCAGAUGUCAGUGAGAGCAAGUCCCAAAAGAGGGAUAAAGAUGACAUUAAAGAAGGAGAAGAAAUUGCCUAUGAUUAUGGAGGAGAAGACUACCCUUGGAGAACACAAAUAACCAGCGUUGCCAUUAAAACCAGUGCAGCGAGUGCUUCUGAUCCUUCUCUCCAGUCAGAGACUCAGAUGGAUGAUGAAUCUGCUCAGAUCAACUCUCCUCAACAGAUGAAAGAUUCUGGUGAGCUCUUUGAUUCUACACCAGAUUAUGUUCCAGAUACCACUUCUGACAGUGAUGUUAGCCUUACACUAAACCCAACAAAACGUCAGCUUCUUGAUGAACUGGAUAUUGAUGAAUCUGGAUCAGCGAGUUCCCCUGACUGUGACACAACAACGUCAGACAAAAUGCACAGCCUUGCGUCUGAAGCAUCUGGAACAGGAGAAGAACCCAGUUCAAAACCAUCGGCAGAGGUGGCACUUCCUCCUACCGAGGGGAAUGACAUGCCGCCACCACCCAAGAGACCCAGACCACCAUCAGAUGAAGAGAUGCCUACAGGAGCCAGUGCUGUGAGGCCUUCUUCCAAAGGUAAAAGUUCCCAGAAGAAGACACCCUGGCAGCAGACAGAGGUGCAGGCGGUGGAAAGGCACAUGAAGCGAUUCAUCACAUCGCUCACUGUACCAGCAAAGAGCGAUUGUGACAAAUGUUUAAAAGCUGAACCAGAAGCACUGAAGAACCGCAACUGGAAGACCGAAUCGUGUGACGAGACAUCAGUGGCUGUGACUGAAUGCAGUGUGGAUCCUUCCACAUCAGUGAAAGAGAAAAGAGAUGCAUGUGAAGUAGACAGGGACAACCCCUUCCUAUUUGGAAGACCAAAGUGCUCACCCACCAGCUUCUUCAGAGGACAGGACUGCAUCAGGCUUUUUGCAAAUGAAAUUGAUCUGGAUUUAGAUGAGGAAGUAGUAAGCGAUGAUGACAAUGAAGAGUCUGAGCCUGUCUCUGGAGUAAGAGGAAGCAAAGAAGGGAUGGAGUUGACCCAGGACGAGACAGAAAGUUCCAACGGUAUAUUAUAA